GCCGGGAAGAGCCAAAAGUGUCAGGAACGCAAACCACACUAGAUCUGAGCUUGCGCCACGCUAAUCAUGAGUCGUGCUGGUCAGCCCUCCGAGAAUCUGGUGAGGCGGAACAGUCACGAGCUGCGGCGCAUUCACUCAUUCCUUCAUUCACUCAUUGAUUGUGUCUGUCCGCCCACCUGCACGCACAGGAUGGGAGUCCAGCGGUGCCAUUCGACCAGCACGUUCGCCUGCUGGCCGAUUACAUCGAGGAGUACCUCGACGAUGAGACGCUCAACGAGGGAGACCAGCCUGCAGGCUUUGAGGUGACCACCACAGCGACAGAACCAAUGCGUUUCAGGCGUGCUCCGUGUGUGUGUGCAUCAGGUGGAGGGGCGUUUGGGUGUGAUUCGCGACAACUAUGACGAGCGCCUGAAGCUGCCCAUCGAGUCAGAAGUGCUCCUCAAACCGCCGGUGAGGCGAUCAGGCCGGACUGGAGUGAAGGGUGCUGAUGCGCUGACCAGGUCUGCUGAUCUGUGCCUGUCUGUCUUGCUUUAUCUGUCCGUGUCGGCAGGAUGACGACGAAUUCUCAUACCGGUUUGAUCCUGGCGUGUCAGAGGUAGGUAUGCCAGUGCGCAUGGAACGGAAUCCACCAUUCAUUUCAGGUGGCACCUGUUGCCUGCCUGCCUGCUGUGUUUCAGAAACAGUUUCAGGACAUCAUGGCUCGCCUGAAGGACAUGCUCGAUCUCAGCGCUGCCAAGACCGACAGCUCAGCCCCGACCCCCUCCCAGCCCACGCCGCCCAAGCGUGGCCGCCAUCGGGUGGUGAGUGCCAAGCAGGAGAUCACCGACGACGAGUACCACCGAAGCCCGAGGCACCCGAAUGAGGCUGUGCGUGUGACCUACCCCCACCCAAAGCCCGCCAACGCCAAACCCAAAGAAUUCACCAGGUGCGUGUGUGUGGGCAGUGAGGGAGGCAGGGGUGCGGGGACGGUGGAUCGUCACCAUGAUGUGUUUCGGUUCGGUGCCGGUGCCAUCUCAUUCAUGUCAGGAAGCAGAAUCUUGUGACGCUUAAUUUCUGGACGGGCCGGGACGAGUCGGAUGCGCCGGGGACUGACGAGGAGCCGCGCCAUCUGAUAGACUUCAGAAUCGCCAUCAACCUCGAACACAGGGGUCAGUCAGCCCACAGCCAGGCGAGAGAGACCAUCUAUGGCACACAGGGCAGACAGUGACGAUCCGUGUGUUUGGUGUGGUGUGGUGUGUACUGCAGAGAUCGUGUGUCCGAGUCCUGCCACCCUGACGUUCGCAAGAACACGAAAUCGACAGUCUUACAUGUGAGUGCUCGAGCCGGAGACCAAAGGACAGCUGCCCCCACGCCCAUGUGGCUUCAUCCAUCCGACCGGCUGUGUGUCUGUGUGUAUCUAUCUCAGUUUGCAGGACUGGAGGAUCGAUUCGACUGUCGUGCAAUCGGGCAAACCGGUGAGGAAGGUGGAAGGAAGCAGUUAAUAUUGACGAGCUCCUUUUACACCUGUGGGCCCACGAUGGAUGUGUGUGUGUAUGUGCAAUGCAAUGCGUCAGCGGGCUGACAUGCAGGGACGGACCUAUGAGCUUGAGGUGGAACUCAACGAGUGAGUGAGCGACACAACUUACAGUAAUGGGCAGAGGGGGGUCAAUCGCGUCGGUUCCUCCGUCCGUCGGCCCUUUUGCAGGGACUCGUUGCGCGAGCAGGUGACAAGGAAGAAGCAGGGAAAGGAACACAGACUAUAUCACGUACUCCAAGGUACACACACAUGGACACACUCACAUACACAUACACACGUAGGCCUGCUUCCGCCUCUGUGUGUUGGCCUGACAGAGUUCUUCGGCGUGCUCCGCGAUUGGUCGUCGUUCCUGAACCUUCACUCUGCCCCCAUCAGUGUGGCCGACACGGCACUCGCCAUGCCGCACGCACAGGAGGGUGCACAAGACGGAGUCAAAAGUGAGAGCCGAUGCCGCAGAACCGUGCAAGCCUGGGAUGGGUGGCCAUAUGCUGUGUUGUGUCUGAAUGCUUCUUGGUCAGUUGCCGACCUUCGCGACUGCGCCCCACCGCAGAAGGUGCGCUGAACACGAGCUGGCUGGGAGGGAAAGGCAAAUGUGUUGAUGCUCCCUCUGUCUGUCUGUCUGUGUGUGUGUGUGAUAUGAAGAAUGUGGAGAUGUAUUUGGCCACGAUAGGUCCCGUGAUGCCGCUCAUCGGCGACUACCUCUUCACCGCAGUGGCGCCUGCACUGAUGGAGGCAGACAGAGACAAGGAGAAAGAGACGCAGAUGCAGACAGACGGUGCGGAAUCAGACAAGGGAGAUCAGGCGAUGAAUGGGCAACAACAGGGCAGGUGAUCUGAAUGAUCAGUCGUGGGGGC